GCAGAAACAAAUGAGACCAUGGCAAAGAAAGUGGCAGUGAUUGGAGCUGGGGUCAGUGGCCUGAUCUCUCUGAAGUGCUGUGUGGAUGAGGGACUGGAGCCCACUUGCUUUGAGAGGACCAAAGACAUCGGAGGACUGUGGCGGUUCCAAGAAAAUGUUGAAGACGGCCGAGCGAGCAUCUAUCAAUCUGUCAUCACCAACACCAGCAAAGAAAUGUCCUGUUUCAGUGACUUUCCAAUGCCUGAAGAUUUUCCAAACUUCCUGCAUAAUUCUAAGCUCCUGGAAUAUUUCAGGAUUUUUGCCAAAAAGUUUGAUCUCCUAAAAUAUAUUCAGUUCCAGACAACUGUCCUCAGUGUGAAGAAACGCCCAGAUUUCUCCUCCUCUGGCCAGUGGGAGGUUGUCACCGAGAACAAAGGCCAGGAGCAGAGUUCUGUCUUUGACGCAGUUAUGGUUUGCAGCGGCCACCACAUCCUCCCGCACAUCCCACUGGAGGAAUUUCCAGGUAUUGGGAGGUUCAAAGGACAGUACUUCCACAGCCGCCAAUACAAGUGCCCAGAGGGAUUCGAAGGGAAGCACAUCCUGGUGGUCGGAAUCGGAAACUCGGCAGCAGAUAUUGCCGUGGAGCUGAGUAAGAAGGCUGCUCAGGUAUUCAUCAGCACCAGAGGAGGCUCCUGGACCAUGAGCCGUAUCUCCAAAGACGGCUAUCCUUGGGAUAUGAUAUUCCACACCCGGUUUAAGUCCAUGCUCCAAGAUGUCCUGCCACGAAUAGUUGUAAAAUGGAUGAGGAACCAACAGAUGAAUCGGUGGUUCAGCCACGAAAAUUAUGCCCUCGAGCCUCAAAACAAAAACCUGAUGAAAGAAUCCAUAGUAAACGAUGAGCUUCCAAGUCACAUACUCCGUGGAGCCAUCAAGGUGAAAUCCAAAGUGAGAGAGCUCACAGAAACUUCUGCCAUCUUUGAGGACGGGACGGUGGAGGAGGACAUCGAUGUCAUUGUUUUUGCAACAGGAUACACGCCCUCUUUUCCCUUCCUUGAAGAUUCACUCGUUAAAGUAGAGAAUAAUAUGGUCUCGCUGUUUAAAUACAUGUUCCCUCCUCACCAUGAGAAGCCAACCCUUGCCUGCAUUGGCCUCAUCCAGCCCCUUGGUUCCAUUUUCCCAACUGUUGAACUCCAAGCUCGUUGGGCGACGAGAGUUUUCAAAGGCCUGUGUACCUUGCCUUCAGAGAAGACUAUGAUGGAAGACAUUAUCGAGAGGCACAAAAAAAGAAUUGAUCUGUUUGGGGAGAGCCAGAGCCAGAUACUGCAGACCAAUUACAUCAGCUACUUGGACGAGCUCGCUUUAGAGAUAGGUGCGAAGCCAGAGCUCCUGUCUCUCUUGUUGAAAGACCCUAAACUGGCUGUGAAAGUCUACUUUGGACCCUGCAACUCCUAUCAGUACCGCCUGGUGGGGCCCGGGCAGUGGGAAGGAGCCAGGAGAGCCAUCCUCACCCAGAAGCAGAGGAUACUGAAGCCCUUAAAGACCCGGGCUCUAGAACCCUCGUCUAAUUUCUCAGUUUCCUUCCUGUUGAAAAUCCUGGGGCUUCUUGCUGUUGUUGUGGCCUUUUUUUCCCGAUUUCUGUGGUUCUAAUCUGUCAGCCUACAGCUUUUGGCUUUAUUGUCAGUCAGUACCUC